UCCUUCCCACUCUCGCCUAUUCGCUCUUUUUGUCGCUCUCUCGCAUCGCAAGCGCUGAACGAUGUGAGGGAGCCACCGAGACACGUCGUCUCUCCCCUUCUCUCUCGAAUGCCUUUCUUUCUCUCCCGUUUGCUCUAUAGCAGUGCUGUCCAAAAUGAAAAAUGUGAGUGUAUAAGUGAGAACGAGAGAAUGGGAGCAGUCCAGUGGGAAUUUUAAACCAAAAUAAAUAAAUAUUGGAUUGGAGUAGAAAAUUUUUGUGGGAGGAAUCGAAAUGCCUUUUGAUAUUACAUCUAUAGCUUCCUUUGAACGACUUGUAACAUAAAAGGCAUUGCAAGUCGCCAAAGGCACUUUCUAGCAUAAAAAAGUUCUCACAGGGCAUUGUAUUGCAUACAUUAAGCGUCGCGGACAAACGUGUUGUUUAUUCGUUGCUGGGUUGCUAACGACUGAACGAUGGAGAGUAAGAAUACGUGUCAUCAAUUGAUGUAUGGGAUGGACAGCACUGCUCUAUAGCAAACUACCCACGCCGUGCAUCAGCCGUUCAGUAAGUGUGAAGCGAGGUUAGGAUAUUGCGUUGACCUGUGAUUCGCACUGAACGAAGCGAUAUUCUUAAUAGUUUUUAACAAUAUCGCUAAGUCGAAGGAAUAUACGUAUUACGGCUAUUGAUUUUUCUUUAUUGCGUAACUAUUUAGAGGAAAUUCAGUGUGUGUUGGUGAACAAUUAAGUUACGAGCAAAAUUAGUCAGAGUGAGACUGAUGUGACGCAAACUUGCGCAUCAGAUGCGACUCAUCAACAGAUAGUUGUCUCCAAUAUGCCUGAUGAAAUACAUGGCAAUCCAAGGGACGUGAUUUCUUCAACGGAUUCGAAUGUGGACGCGCUUCAAGCAUCAAGUGCAGCAACAAAUGCAGAGCCGAAGCCCACAAUAACGAAAUGGGCUGAAUACAGUAGGAAUUACAGACAGCGUCAAAAACUCGCUCGACCUCCGAAACCUCCACCUAAAACGCGAGCUGCGAUUAGUAAAGCGUACCGAGAACGUCAGAAAUUGUCGAAAUCGAUUGAAACUGGUGCUGCAAACAUUAUGCCAUCAAAAGAAAAGCAACAGCGAAAAGUCGCUCAGCCCAAUAUGCCUGUUGCUCCAGUCCUUAGCCCAGAUGAUGGUCCACAACAUAUACAACAUACGGUACAGGUGCAUCGACAGUCUCAACCAAUAACACAAAAUGUUGCCAGAAAGACAACAGCUCAGCGGAAAAAAUCAACUAAGAUUAAUAAUAGAAACAUAUCUCAAAUGAAUUUAGAUGAGAUUCAAGAGGCACCUAUUCAACAACCAAGAACCACAAAUGGGAUUGAUGGAAUUCGCGAGGCACCUAUCCGACGGUUAAGGACUCCACAUGGGAUUGAUGAGAUUCAAGACGCACCUGUACAAAACGCAAGAACAACACAUACGAAUCAUGCUAAUAGGAAUGAUUGGGAUAAUGAAUUGGAUGACCGGAGUAAUUCAAUCAGAACUCAGAAGAAAUGUAAGGACAUAUUCAAGCACGACGCUGAAACGGAGAUCGUACUGGAACCGGAAGCAGAUAUAGAGAUACAAAAGGAAAUCGUUCCCCCGACAGUCGGUUCUGCUUUACCGGAACGACCCGGAUUUUCAUCCGGCCAAGGACUGUCACUACGGCACAUGUAUGGAAAUGUUAUAAAUGUUGAUACAACAACAACAACAAUAAAAAAGGAAAUCGAUUGCUUUGACGAUGAUGAUAUAAAUAAAGUGACGGCGAUUUGCGAAGAUAUAUCAGAUGAAGAUUCUAAACCGGAUGCUAUUCUUGAUUUUGAAGCUGAAAUGGAUAUGAAAACUGAGAUUGAGCUAGCGAAUGAAGAAUAUACAACUUCUGAGCUGAACACCCCCACAUCAUCAGGACUGUCACUACGGCACAUGUAUGGAAAUGUUAUAAAUGUUGAUACAACAACAACAACAAUAAAAAAGGAAAUCGAUUGCUUUGACGAUGAUGAUAUAAAUAAAGUGACGGCGAUUUGCGAAGAUAUAUCAGAUGAAGAUUCUAAACCGGAUGCUGUUGAAGCUGAAAUGGAUAUGAAAACUGAGAUUGAGCUAGCGAAUGAAGAAUAUACAACUUCUGAGCUGAACACCCCCACAUCAUUAAUAAAUGUGCCGACAUUGGGUUUUCCGGUCACUACACAGUCGCAAAUUUGUGUUACUCUCCGACCAAAUACUUCUUUGAAUGCAACAAUGCUGGCCUCUGGUGAAGCUGACAGAGCAACUACUUCGGAUAAAUCUAAAAAGUCGGUAGAAAAAGCGUGCAAAAAAAGUAAAAUUGCUGUUCUUCCCUGCCCAUCAGAUAUUACGAAUGCCUCAGAUGUGGGGCAUAAAGAAAGACGAGUCUUUACAAUCUCACCCCCAUCAACUUCUUUGAAUAUAUCUACGCAAGCCACAGUUGACACCGCCAAGGACGAAAAAAGUGUUCUUUCCCAUCCAUCUCCAACUACGGCAAAAGAGGUGACGGGCACUGAAAGCUUUAACACCAAACAUUCUACGCAUACGUCCGUACCUGAAGAUACAACAAAUGGAUCGAAAAAACGCAAGAUCACAUCUCUUAAUGAAAUGUACGAAAUCGUUUUAAAGAGCAUAAAUAAGCGAGAUGAACGAGAAGAGCAAAUGAUGGGUAUUUUGCAAGGACUCACAGUUGCCGUAACAAGAUUGACAGAUAACGUUCAGAGACUAGAGGAAGUAUUGACAUUUUGUAAGAAUAAUUAAUAAAAUAAAAGGUAUUAAGAAAUAUUUAUUUUCUA